ACCUAUAAUUUUACUUUUUAACCCACACAUCAUUUGAAAUCAAUAUACAUUUGAUUAUAUCAUUCACUUUUUAUAAUUAGCUUAAUCAUCCUAAUAUCAAAACCCGGUUCAUAUGAGGAAUUGCGAUGAACACCAAAGUGUUUGCUGUUUGUCAAAUCCAUCAAUGACAUUUUAGCUUUUACUAUAUUCUCGUAUAUUAUAAUUACUCACAUUCAGACUAUUUUAAUUCUUAUCAUAUAUAAUGAUCAAUCAUCGUCUCUUCUGAUUCACGACUUCAAGAUUUAGUCUAUUAUAUUGGAUAUUUCGAAAUCGUACAAGCAUAUCAUUCAACUAGUAACGUCAGCCAUAGUUGCUCAUCAGUGAUAUGCUUGCAUCAGGCUAUUAACAAAAUCGAUAAAAUGACAAAAAAAGAAACACGCUAGCUAGUCUUAUCGGCAAUUUUUGUUGUUGUUGCCUUGUUGGUAUUAAAACUAUGUGUUUCUAAAUAAUAUAAAAUUAGCCGAACCCUAAUACAUUUGUUCUAUCAUCCUUUUCUGAAGGUGAAGCGUACAUGUUCGGAUAUUUUUAAUCUAUCGCAUAUUUACAAUGGAAGAUAAUAUAUAUCUAUAAAGUGUGAUAAAUGAUCAUAUAUAUGAAUAUAUUAAGGAAGUUAACCCAUUAAAGUAAUUUUUUCUAAUUUUUUGGAAAAUAUGAAAUUUAACAAAUGUGUUAGUAUAGAUUUAAUUUGUAAAAAUUAAAUUUAUAAAUGUUGCAAUGAAGCUUGUGGAUUACACUUCUAGGAUAAGUAUAAUGAGAGUACUAUACAUAGAUAUUUAUAUUAUGUGUGCCCGUUUGUGUAUGACGCAUUAUGUUAGUGGGGGGAGACAAAAAGGAAUGAGUGAGUCUCAAGAUUGUUGUGUGAUUAGAAAGAGCUAUUUCAAGUUCAAAAUGUUUAGUGAACCUAUAUAGUUUUUUUUGUUUGAUCAAAUGAACCUAUAUAGAUAAGUAUACAAUUGUUUUAGUUUUCCUGACAGUUUUGUUAAAAAUUGGUUUAUGUUUUAUUUGCCUUUGUUAAUUAGUUCUAGUGAAUCUGAUCAUCAUGUCGAUCUUAAACUAACAACUAAGAUAUAUAAACUUAAACUUACUUUUCGGCACUUACGAGUUCAAAGUUGAAAACUAUUUUCUCAAAACUGGCAGUAGAUAUAUUUAUCAUUAUCACAUAUAGCUAAGUGCAUGUGACGGCGAUUUAGAAUAUCGACUUGUUUAUUUAAGCUUAUAAAAUGUAGUUAGUUAUCUUGUUUCCAGUGAUAGUUAUCCAAAGGCAAAAUUUGCCAAUAUACAAAUAAAUAUUCAAACAACAUAUUCCCGUUCUAAAUCCAUAUAUAUUGAAAUUGAAUUAGUUUCCAGCCCAUACAAUAUCAUAGUUAAGUCUUAAAUGGCAAGGAGAGUUCAUUCACCGGCCAAAAGCUCAGAGAAAGGUCGAUGGGACCCACUUAGGGAUGAUUAGUUCCGCCGCUUGAUUAGUGACGGUCGGCCGACCCACCACCGUCCUACGUGGACAUCUCUGCUUCCCUCAUACUCUUUUACCUCUCAUCUAUUGACACUUACAAAGUACCUUGUAGUUAUUUUUACAGUAGCCGUCGACACAAGAAGACAAAAGAAAAAGUAUCACCUUAGACCCAGUGCCGGCUCAAUAGGGAGUGCGGCCGGUGCGACCGCCCCGGGUCCGGUUCAAAUCUUACAAUAUUAGGGGCCCUAAUUAUUUAAUUAGCAUAUCUGAUUUAGAUUUAAACAGUAUUAAAACAAUGUAUCACAAUUUUUUCUAGUUAAAUUAUCAAAGAGAAUAUACAUGUUUGAUGCUCGAGUCGAAAUUUCAGAAAAUUUUUUUACCAACGUUCAAAAAUUAACUUACUAUAGGAGCCUUAAAAUUCUUUUUGCCCAAGGGCCUUUCUAUAUAUUAAGCCGGCCCUGCUUAGACCUAAAGCCACUUAUUGAUUCUUGGGAACUUAUCAAAUCAUAAUUACCACUACCUUCUGUAACUUUAAAUCAUAAUCAGUUCAUCUAUAACCCAAAAUAAGUAGAUAUAUACUAAUAUACUGGAUAAUAAUUUUGGAUUUAUGUGAUAUUUAAUUUUAAUUUUCAAGAAUGUAUGAAAAGACUUAAUUAACUUAGGAAAUUAAUAUUUUCGUCAUCUCUUUACUUAUGAACUCUUAUUUACUGAUCAUUUAUCAACUUGUUAACAUCAAUAAAGCAAGAUGUAUAUAUUUUUAAAAUAUACAUUUUUGUUGGUUAAUAUGAUGGAGAAAGAAUCAAGAGUCAACGUCAAAACAACGGCAAUAAGUGCACAUUUCAAGCUCAACAAGUUAUGCCUAAACACGUUUAAUGAAAUUGUAUAUGAUGACAUAGGUCCAAAGCAUUUCAUUUAGGACCAGAUUGUUUCACUUUGUUGUUUGUUAUAUGUUUUUUUCAAACUUAAUUUGUUAUGUGUUUUCUGUAUGUUGUUUUGGUGGCAUGUCGUUUGCAAGCUCUUCACUAAUUCAUGUUUAGUCUUGUUCAUGUCUAUAUAAGGAUAUGGGUGACAUUCUACCAAAAACAUAAAAGUUACACCAUAAGCUACACUAAAUAUAUCUUGUUCAACAAGAUAAGUAGAUUGGUCAGCAAUGGUCAAUCAAAAAACUUUAAUUAACCGUUUCAAAUCAGAACAUAUGCAUACUGUAUAUUACAAUUUGAUAUUUAUUGAUUUUUCCAGGGAUGUAAUUAUAUAUACACAAGUAUUUCAUAUGUUAGAAUGACGCUCUUGGAAUAUAUCAAAUCAUUUUUGGUACCAAAAUAAGAUUUUAACUUUAUUUUUGUUUUGUCCAAUAUGUAUAUAUUGGUACUAGCUUUAUUUAUCUUCUACGUAAAGACAAUAGCUCAACAGCCAACCAAUAGCCGCCGCGUGAUGGCUUCUGUUCGAUUUCACUCCCUUCUCGUUGGUUCUUGUCGAUAAAUCAUUGGAGAUUAGAAGACCGUCACUAGAGAAGUCUUUAAAAACGAUUCUACCCUUUACAAAAGCUCACAAGCAUGUGAAGCGGGAGGUUUGUUUAGUCUCUCCCACGUGGCAAAGUGACAUUCUCUGUUGUGCCAGCGUGGCAAGUUCCAGAAUGUCAGAAAUGUUUGCAAUAUUUAAACUCAUGAUCUCAUUGGUCUGACGGAUAAAAUAAUAUUUAUAUAUUGGUUUUAUAGAAAUAGGACAAUUUACAUAGCAGUCGCAACUCGCUUUGAAAAGAAAAAGAGUCCAUAUAGUCAAUUGUGCCCUAAGCUAAAAGAAUGUCAGAAUUUGGUGAAUUUUUAUAGCUAGGUGCAAUGUAUAUUAACCUCUAAAGAUGCAUUUUCUAGUUUUUUUUUUUGCUUUCUCAUGACAUUAAUUUAGAUAUAUCAUAUAUAUAUAUAUAUAAUGAUUAAAAACUACAUAGAGAAAAUUAAAUUUUAGUUUCGACCAAUAAAAUGUUGAACACGGCACCAUCAUUUGAUUGAAGUGGAUAAUUUACUAAUCGUAUGCCUAUGUGUAGUCCCCAAGAAUAUGCAAAAAUCUUGCAAACGUAGUUUUUUUUAGCUUUCUUGAAAUUUUUUAUGUAACUCUAUAUUUAGUACUGCAUCAAUCAAAAACAUCAGAAGUAAUAGUUUUGAUAUCUCUAGGUCCGUUUUAUUAAGUCAUGUAUCUAUAGAGUUUUUUACAAAAAAAAAAGUCAUGUAUCUAUAGAAUUAAAGAAAUGUGUUAAAAAUAAUAAUAUAAAGAAUGUAAAAAGAAGCGGGCGAGGAGGCCAGGAGGGUGACAUACGCAAAUGGGGACAUGGAGAAUGCCACGCGCAAUUGAGAGGUCCACACUCUCUAUACCUUUUAUAUUUCACCAAAUCAUCAAUCUCUCACUACCACUCUCUCUCUCUCACUUCAUAUUCCCCGAAGUAUAACCAAACCAGUAAAUAUCAUCUCUCUCUCGAUGAUCAUCAUCUACACAUCAAUAUCUGUCUAAUAUCCUUCUUCUUCCUCGACAUCCCUCGUUUUCCUUGCUUAGAAACGAGUAGAUAACAUUUGACACACAUAUAUUUAUAUAUCUAUGUGUAUAAAUAUUCCACAAAUCAAAGAAAAGGUAAAGCUGAUUUACAAGGGAAUUCAAAAUCCAUACAGUCAAUUUCCGUCGUCUCAACUUACGCAUAUGUGUGUGUUUAUGAUGUUUUGUUCACUAAAACAUUGAUCUCAUUGCACGCCUUUUCUAUAUAUUCUUUAGUCCUUUAACUUGACGUGUUGCCCAAUAUGCAUGUUUAAUCUGUCGAUCUUAUUUACUGAAAAAUAUUUUGUAUCUCCAUAGUAAAACUUCAGGUAUUUUUAUUUAUCAGCUCUAAGUAAGUCUUGCUAAUUAUGUUUCUAUACGCAACACCCGUAUUAUUUUCUCUUUUUUUUUUUUUGUGGAAACCCUUUUGAUAAUCUGUAUCUGACGCUGAUAUGUAUUUGUAUAUGCAUAUAUAUCUGUGUGUGUUGUAGUUGUAUAGUUGCGUACUUAAAGCUUUCCGAAUUGAAGAUAAAACAGACAGACUUUGAAACCUUUCCACAGUUUUUUGCUCAGAGGAUUUUUUCUUAUAAAUUUGGAAAAAGCUGCUUUUGUUUGUAUUCCACAAGGCUGAAAAUAAUAUGUAUAAUAUAUGUAGUUGGAUAGGUUGGUUUGUUUAAAUUUAACAUUCGAUCAUCAGUUUAUUAGCGCACACAUGAAAUAAUGUUCAAAAAGAGAGAAAAAAAACAGUUUUUCGAUACACAUGGUCUUUUUUUUUUGAACUGAUUCUUACACAUAUGAUCAUUGCCACUAUUUAUUCACAAAUCACGUUGAAACAGGAAAACAUAAUUAGUACAAGACUCUGCGUUUGUCCGUUCUCUUUCAACCUCACAUAAGCUCUCAUGCAUGUCAUCUUUAUCAUAUCUUCUCAACUUUUAAACCUUUUUUUAUCGACUCUCAACUUUUAAACCGAACUUUCAUGUUUCUGCGCCACCUUCUGAUCACCUUUUAAGAUACAUCAAAAUAUUAAUCUUGUACCUUUUCUUAGUACAUGUAAAUUUUUAUCUAUGGAAAAUGGUAAUGAAGUUGAAACUAACCAUUGAGUUAUAUGGUUAUCUUUCAAACUUUCAUUCUUGUUUUUUUCUAAUUCUCUCUGAACAUAUAUGAACCCCAACACUUUGUGAUAUAACAGAAGCAUGCAUACACAACAUUAAUAUAGUGAUGAUCAUUUAAUUUUGGUGUUGAACCAUGUUGUGCAGAAAUAAUGGAAUCAGUGGAUCAGUCAUGUAGUGUUCCUCCGGGAUUCAGGUUCCAUCCAACAGAUGAAGAGCUCGUUGGUUACUAUUUGAGGAAGAAAGUGGCAUCACAAAAGAUCGAUCUUGAUGUCAUUAGAGAUAUUGAUCUCUAUAGAAUCGAACCAUGGGAUUUACAAGAAAGAUGCCGAAUCGGAUAUGAGGAACGAAAUGAAUGGUAUUUCUUCAGCCACAAAGAUAAGAAAUAUCCAACAGGAACAAGGACAAACAGAGCGACCAUGGCUGGUUUUUGGAAGGCCACAGGUCGAGACAAGGCUGUCUAUGAGAAGUCAAAAUUGAUGGGUAUGAGGAAAACACUUGUAUUCUACAAAGGAAGAGCCCCUAAUGGCCAAAAAACUGAUUGGAUCAUGCAUGAAUACCGGCUAGAGUCAGAUGAGAAUGCGCCUCCUCAGGAAGAAGGGUGGGUCGUUUGUAGAGCUUUCAAGAAAAAACCAACGACCGGGCAAGCCAGGAACACGGAAACUUGGAGAUCAGGUUACUUUUACGACCAAUUACCGAGCGGAGUUGGCUCGAGUAUGGAGCCUCUCAACUACGUAUCUAAGCAGAAACAAAACAUUUUUGCACAAGAUUUUAUGUUCAAGCAAGAACUAGGAGGGUCAGAUAUCGGUUUAAACUUCAUUGACUGUGAUCAAUUCAUUCAACUUCCGCAGCUAGAAAGCCCUUCAUUUCCUCUUAUGAAGAGGCCAGUGAGCUCAACAUCGAUAACAUCACUGGAGAAGAAUCAUAAUAAAUACAAAAGACCACUAACAGAAGAUGAUGAGAAUUUCGACGAGCUGAUAAGUAGCAAAAGUAAAGAUAAGAAGAAGAAAGCAUCAGUGAUGACAACGGAUUGGAGAUCACUCGAUAAAUUUGUUGCUUCUCAACUUAUGAGCCAAGAAGAUGGAGUUCCAGAUUUCGGAGUUCAUCAAGAAGACGAUACCAACAAAACUGGUCAAUGCAAUAACGAAGAAAGCAAUAACAAUGGUAUAGAGAUGCCUUCAUCGUCGUUAUUGAGGGAUAGAGAAGAAGAGAACAGGUUCAUCAGUGGGUUCUUGUGUACGAGUUUGGACUAUGACUUAAUAUAGGGAUUUGCAUGUUUGAUAAAAUUAAGAUAAUGAUCUAGUAUGGUGCGUAACGUUUUCUAUAUAGGUAGAAUAAAUUGAUAUAAAAUAACAUAUAUAAAUAUUUUUAAAAGAUUUUUUUUUAUUAUUAUAUAGAUAUUAUAUAUACUUUUCGUGAAAAUAACUGGGCUGUGAAAGGAGUAAUCACAAAGACUUUGUGGGUUAAUGUUGCUAUAACCAGGUUUUUAGGGUUCUGAUCUACAUGUGUAUGAUUUGACUAUCAAACUAAAAGAACACCGCAGGGAUUUUUUUUAGUGUAGUUUCUCGAUGGGCUUGUUUAAGUUAUUGUAUUCUAUCUUUUUGGUAUAAUAAAUAUUACAGUAUUCAUCUAAUCUAUUAAUUUAGGGAUUGGUUUUUUAUCUACUACUUAAAGUUGUUAUUUAGAUUUUGGGCUCUUUCAUAGUUGUUACUAGAAUAUAUCACACCUCCUAUAAAAUGCAACCUACCAACUUAAAUUAAACCAAAUCUUAACCAACGUAGAAAGAUUGAACUUAACCAAUAACAUAAUUAAAAUAUUUCUGGUUAUCUCUUAAUAUAACUAGAUCAUAAAAAACUGAACCAUUCUUAAAUCAAUGAGUUCCAAAUCAUUCCAAACAUAAGAGAAAAAAUGCCCGACUCAUUUUAUAAUGUAUCUUUAAUACAAAAACUGUGUAUGCUUAUGUUCAUAUAACUUUACCUUCAUAUAUUUACUCUUCACCUGCAUCAUAUCACAACAUGUAAAAGUGAUAUAUAAACGUGGGUUCUCAUCUAGAUACGAAGAUAUAUUUGAUUUGAUCAAAUCAUAAUUUAUAUGAACCUAUAUUUAUAUUUUUAAAUUAACUUUGAUCAAAUCUACUAUAAGUACGUGGGUCAUCAUAUUAUUAUUCAAUUCAUAAUAAUAUUAGAUUUGAUUAAUUCUACUAUAACUAUCUUGAAUAAAAAAUUUAUCAAAAAACUCAAACAAAUAUAUAUAUAUAUAUAUAUAUAUAUAUUACACAAAAAUAUAUAUAAUAUUAUAUGCACAUAUUAUAUAUAACAUAUAUUAAAAUUAAAAUUUGACAAAUCAAUCUCCACCCUUUAGGGCGGAUCAGAAUCUAGUUUAAUCUAUUAAAACAGAGUCUUAUUUGAAAAUUACCUUGGUAUGAUUUUUUUUGGACCUAUUGAAAAUGUUAGAACUUAUCUGUUAAUUAACAUUUAUAUUAUUUCUACAUAUCCUUAUUCUACGAAUAUUAAAUAGAUACCUUAAUAUUUGCUAAUAAUUGUUACCCUAUAUUAAAGCAUCAAUGCUUUAAAGUAAGAUUCAUAAUUUAGAACUAUAUAUACUUGCCAUAUCUCAUUUGUUGGAGCUAUCGAUUUAUGUUCUUCUUGACAUAUGUUUUGCAUUUGUCUAGGUUUCAAACUUUUUUCAAUUACUGUUAAUCAGCUCAGCAUCCAUUGAUAGACUUAUACUUCUUCAACUAAUUUUAAACUCCUUCAAAAAAGUAAGUCCUAUUCAUAAUCGACAUUAGACUAACUUAUUAACAUUGAUAGACUUAUACUUAUGUAUAGUUGGUGAUAACUGCAUCAGACUACAACCAUGUUACUCAUCUACUUUUAAAAAGAGAACAUAAAGCGAUAGUAAAAAUAACUGAAAUAUAAUACAUACUAGAUUUGACGUCAGAUAUAUAUUUAUUUUUAAAAUAAUAUUAAAACUAUAAAGUAAAUUUAUAUAUAUAAAUUAAAGAAAACACAUAUUUUGAAGGAGGUUAUUUAUUUGAGUAUUUCAUAUUGUUAUUUUAUUGUAUCUAACUCGAAAAUAUAUUAGUAAGUAAUAAAAAUUAAUAAUAAAGUAAAAUAUACUAAACAAAUCACUAUAUAUUAAUAACGCCGAAUAAUAAAUAUAAAUAAUAAUAUUGUAGAAUUACACAAUAUAUAAUACUAAAAUAAAAAUUAUAUAUUUUAAAAAUUAUAAUAAUAU